GUUAUGCUCUUAUUUUGAAGGAGUAAAGCGGAAGUCCUGCCCUUCAGCUAAAGCUAAUGCUCCGCUGCUUCCGCGCUGUUUUCCUCCUUCAAACUGCAGGUGAAGUGAAGGCCAGGUGAGUCGGGAUGGCGGAGGAACAUUACCUGGAGAUGAGCGAGAACCCGGUCCAGUUUGAGCAUGCGUCAAGCGUCAACAACGUCUUCUUCGACGAAGCUAACAAACAGGUGUUUGCGGUGCGUUCAGGUGGAGCUACAGGUGUGGUGGUGAAAGGGCCUGAUGACAAAAGCAGCGUUGCCUUCAGGAUGGAUGACAAAGGGGAGGUGAAGUGCAUCAAGUUCUCCAUCGGGAACAAGAUCCUGGCGGUCCAGCGGACCUCCAAGUCCGUGGACUUCAUCAACUUCAUCCCCGACUAUCCACACACAGAGUUCACCCAGGAGUGUAAGACGAAGAACGCCAGCGUUCUGGGGUUCUGCUGGACCAGCUGGAACGAGAUCGUCUUCAUAACGGACCAGGGCAUAGAGUUCUACCAGGUGUUCCCAGACAAGCGCAGCCUGAAGCUGCUGAAGAGUCAGAGCAUCAACGUGAACUGGUACCAGUACUGUCCGGAAACGGCCGUGAUCCUGCUGUCCACCACGGUGCAGGGCAACGUCCUGCAGCCGUUCGCCUUCCGGAACGGAACCAUGACCAAGAUGACCAAGUUCGAGAUCGAGCUGCCGGUCGUCCCCAAACCGGCCAAGCUGACGCUGUCGGAGAGGGACAUCGCCAUGGCAACCAUCUACGGCCAGCUGUACGUCAUGUACCUGAAGCACCACUCCCGGACGGCGAACAGCCCCGGAGCCGAGGUGGUGCUGUACCACCUGCCCAGGGAAGGCGCCUGUAAGAAGAGCCACGUCCUGAAGCUCAACACCACCGGGAAGUUCGCCCUGAACAUCGUCGACAACUUGAUCGUCGUUCACCACCAGAGUUCACAGACGUCUCUGAUCUUCGACAUCAGGCUGAAGGAGCCCGACUGCACUGUUAACACCCACCAGCCGGUUCUGCCGGCCCGGUCCAUCCAUCCCUACAGGAUUCCUCUGUCAGGUCCAGCUGCCGUUCCGACUCAGCCGCCGGUUCCGUGUCAGCUCUACUCUUCCUCCUGGAGCGUCUUCCAGCCCGACAUCAUCAUCAGCGCCAGUGAAGGUUACCUGUGGUACCUGCAGGUGAGGUUGCCCCCUACUGUCCACCUGCUGCAGGACAAGGGGAAGCUGAUGGACUUCCUGCUGCGGCGAAGGGACUGCAAGAUGGUGAUCCUGUCGGUGUGCUCUCAGAUUCUGGACGGGCAGGUGAAGGGCAGCCUACCCGUGGUAGCGACCGUCUUUGACAAGCUCAACCAGGUGUACAAGGAGUACCUGGAGGCGGAGCAGAGCUACACGGCGGCCAUGGAGUCGGGUCCGAGUCGAGGCGGCGGCACCCAGAAACGGCCGGUCCGGACGCAGGCAGUCAUUGACCAAUCAGACAUGUACACACACGUCCUGUCAGCGUUCACAGAGAGGAAGGACGUGUCCCAUAAGUUCAUCAUCGCCGUGCUGAUGGAGUAUAUCCGCUCCCUGAACCAGAACCAGAUCACCGUCCAGCAUUACCUGUAUGAGCUGGUGAUCAAGACUCUGGUCCAGAACAACCUGUUCUACAUGCUGCACCAGUUCCUGCAGUACCACGUCCUCAGUGACUCCAAACCUCUGGCCUGCCUGCUGCUGUCUCUGGAGAGCACCUACCCUCCAGCCCACCAGCUAUCUCUGGACAUGCUCAAGCGCCUGUCGACGGCUAACGAUGAGAUUGUGGAGGUUCUGCUGUCCAAGCAGCAGGUUCUGGGCGCGCUCAGAUUCAUCCGCAGCGUUGGCGGCCAUGACAGCGUGUCGGCCAGGAAGUUCCUGGAUGCGGCGCGGCAGACGGGAGACCAGAUGUUGUUCUACACCGUGUUCCGGUCGUUCCAGCAGCGGAACCAGCGCCUCAGAGGAAACCCGUCCUUCAACCCAGGGGAACACUGUGAGGAGCAUGUGGCGCACUUCAAGCAGCUGUUUGGGGAGCAGGCGCUGAUGAAGCCGUCCACAGUGUGACCUCUGACCUCCGCAUGAUGACCUCUGACCCCCAUAGGACCAAACGGACGCAGCAGAACCACCAGGAAGGUUCCAGCAUCCUCCUCUUCCUCACAUCCUAAAUCUGUCUGUGAAUAACUAAUUAUAACUCCAUGAACUGCAGAUGACUUUGUUUGAAGAUUAGAAAGUGUGAAAUGUAACUUUAUUCCUAAAAUAUGACAACUUUCAUAGCAGAAAAUGCUUUAAUAUUGUGCCACUCUGACUCCAUGUCUGCAAAUAAACACUGAAACAGGAAAUCAGUAUUUGGGUCAGGUGUUGUGGGCGGAGCCUGAGCUGCACCUGUAUGCAAAGGCGUAAAUCCAGCUCAUUAUUGGGGGGGGACCAAAAAACAGGAAAAUAUCUGAAGACCAAUUUUGGAGGGUUGGUGAAGUUACAGGAAAAUGUAACGUAAAAAUGGUUUAAAAAGUUUUUAAACUACAUUCAAGCUGCAGGACCAAAAAUGACUAAUAAUGCAGAUCAAACAUGUCAGUCAGCAAAUUAUUGAG